CCGGAGCGGGCGCCGGGCGCAGUGGCUGAGCCCCGAGUGAGCGAGCGCAGCGCCCGCCGCCCGUCCCCACCGCCGCCGCAGCCGCCGCCGACCCGCCGUCCCCGCCGUCCCCGGGGCAUGGCCUGUCUGACGGCCGCUUUCUCGGUCGGCACCGCCUUGAACACCAGCAGUUACUCUGCAGUGAUGACGGAGCUCAAGUCGGUGUGCGUCUCGGUGGACGAGGUGGUCUCCAGCAACACGGAGCUGUGCGAGAAGGAUAUGCUGAAUGGGCAUCUGAAAAAAGUGGACAACAACCUCACAGAGGCCCAGCGCUUGUCCUCCUUGCCCCGGAGGGCAGCUAUCAACAUUGAAUUCAAGGACCUUUCCUACUCGGUCCCAGAAGGACCCUGGUGGAAGAAAAAAGGUGGAUUAGAUGAUUCAAGAUUCGUAGUGGCUCUUAACUUCUCAUACGAGUACAAAGAAUUCACAAAGAUGGGCCAGCGUCCAGGAUACAAGACUCUGCUGAAAGGAAUUUCUGGGAAAUUCAACAGUGGGCAGCUGGUGGCCAUCAUGGGUCCUUCCGGGGCUGGGAAGUCCACGCUCAUGAACAUUCUGGCCGGAUACAGGGAGACGGGCAUGAAGGGAACCAUCCUCACCAACGGCAAAGCCCGGGACCUGCGCUGCUUCCGGAAGGUGUCCUGUUACAUCAUGCAGGACCACAUGCUGAUGCCGCACCUCACGGUGCAGGAGGCCAUGAUGGUAUCCGCGCAUCUGAAGCUCAAGGAGAAAGACGAAGGCAGAAAGGAGAUGGUCAAGGAGAUCCUGACGGCUCUGGGCUUGCUGUCUUGUGCCACCACUCGGACCGGAAGUCUCUCAGGCGGGCAGCGGAAGCGCCUGGCCAUCGGGCUGGAGCUGGUGAACAACCCUCCUGUCAUGUUCUUCGAUGAGCCAACCAGCGGCCUGGACAGCUCCUCCUGCUUCCAGGUGGUCUCCCUGAUGAAAGGGCUGGCUCAGGGAGGGCGGUCCAUCAUCUGCACCAUCCACCAGCCCAGCGCCAAGCUCUUCGAGAUGUUCGACCAGCUUUAUGUUCUUAGUCAAGGACAGUGUGUGUACCGGGGGAAAGUCUCCAAUCUUGUACCAUAUUUGAGGGAUUUAGGUCUGAACUGUCCAACCUACCACAACCCCGCUGAUUUUGUCAUGGAGGUGGCGUCCGGUGAGUACGGCGAUCAGAACGGCCGCCUGGUGAGAGCCGUCGGUGAGGGCCUGUGCGACUCUGACUGCAGGAAAGAGCCUCCUGGGGGCGAUGGCGAGGUGAACCCCUUCCUCCAGCACCAGCCCUCGGAAGAGGUAAAGCCGUCCAAAGGAUGGAAGGGGCGGAAAAAGAACUCCACUUCCACGGAAAGCUGCCACAGCGUCUCCGCCAGCUGCCUCACCCAGUUCUUCAUUCUCUUCAAGAGGGCCUUAUUGAGUACCGUGAGGGAUGCGGUCUUGAUGCACCUGCGGGCCACCUCGCACAUUGCCAUUGGCCUCCUCAUCGGCCUGCUCUACUUGGGGAUCGGGAACGAAGCCAAGAAGGUCAUGAGUAACUCCGGCUUCCUCUUCUUCUCCAUGCUGUUCCUCAUGUUCGCGGCCCUCAUGCCCACCGUGCUCACGUUUCCCCUGGAGAUGGGUGUGUUUCUCCGGGAACACCUGAAUUACUGGUACAGCCUGAAGGCCUACUACAUGGCCAAGACCCUGGCCGACGUGCCCUUCCAGAUCGUGUUCCCGGUGGCCUACUGCAGCAUCGUGUACUGGAUGACGUCGCAGCCGUCCGACGCCGUGCGGUUUGUCCUGUUUGCUGCCCUGGGCACCAUGACCUCGCUGGUGGCGCAGUCCUUGGGCCUCCUGAUUGGAGCUGCUGCCACAUCCCUGCAGGUGGCAAUCUUCGUGGGCCCCAUGACGACGAUCCCCAUCCUCCUCUUCUCAGGAUUUUUCGUCAGCCUUGGCACCAUCCCCACCUACCUGCAGUGGAUGUCCUACAUCUCCUACGUCAGGUACGGGUUUGAGGGGGUCAUGCUGUCCAUCUACGGCCUGGACCGCGAGGACCUGCACUGUGACGUGGACGAGACCUGCCACUUCCAGAAGUCGGCGGCCAUCCUGCGAGAGCUGGACGUGGAGAAUGCCAAGCUCUACCUGGACUUCAUCGUCCUGGGCAUUUUCUUCAUCUUGCUGCGCAUCAUCGCCUACUUUGUCCUGAGGUACAAAAUCCGGGCAGAGAGGUAGAGCUCCUGACUGCCGGCAGACAGGAGCAUUAGACACUGCCGCCAAGGGCACCUGGCCGUGUCGCGGCCACCAGCCUGUGCCCGAGGACGGGACGACUGGGACUCAGCCCCUAGCCACCACGUCUGGCUCGUGGGUGCCAAGCGUUCGACAGCUCUGCCCUGGGGGGACGGGUCUUCUCCCCAUUCCCCUUCCCAGCUUCAACUAGGAAGAAGAUGUAGAAGGGGUAAUUUUCACGUGCAGAAUUUAAACCGCCCACAUCUGGGGCAGCAUUGAAACCUGCCACAGAGCUGGUGACAAGAGGUUUCCCUGGUCACACCCUUCCUCGUGACCAGGUAGCUCUGGUCGCGGGCGGGGCCGCGAGCAGCCCCUCGCCUGGUCACUGCGCAGUUAGGCGUCCUGGGGAGAAAGGCGGAGAGGAAGCCGGUUCUGUUUUAUGACUUGCUUUUCAUAGUUUUCAUAUUUCUACAGUUUGUCUCUUUUUCCAAUGAGAAGUCACUUUCCAAGCCCAAAGCCUGUGAAUGUCAUUCAUUUGAAGAAACUGUGUCUUUGCAGCCCUUGUGGGAGAGAGUUGUUCAGGGUGACCCGGCUUCGCUGACAGACAGAACCUGUGAAAGGUGCAAGUGCGGGGCCCAAGUUGAGAGACUUGGGAACUGUAUGCGCGAAGCCGUGCGGAAAUUUUAAAAAGUUACACAAAAAGUGGGAAGGCGAAGUUGGCCCACUCUUUCCAAGUUUUUUAUUUUCCCCAGACUUAUUUUAAGCGAAAUAUAUUGUUUCUUUCUUCCUAAAUUUCUGAGCACUUUAAUUUUUAGUUGUUGUUAAUCCUCACCCGAGGAUAUCUUUCCACUGAUUUUUAGAGAGAGUGAAAGGGAGGAGGACAGACAGAGAGAGAGAAACAUCGAUGUGAGAGAGACACAUCAAUUGGUGGCUUCCCACACAUGUCCCAACCAGGGCCUGGGAUUGAGCCUGCAACUGAGGUACAUGCCCUUGAUCAGAAUCAAACCCAGCACCCUUCAGUCCACGGGCCAACGCUCUGUCCACUGAGCCAAACCAGCUGGGGCUGAGCACCUUAAUUUUGCCUAAAAUAUUCUAGAAGACCCACCCUGUUGAGUUUGUACAAACAUUUUUCCUUUCCUCAUAUAUCACAUCAACUACCUCCACUGAACCUGGGAACGCUGGGCUGAGGGACAUCCAGGUGUGAGCGUUGAGGGGUCCCAGGUGCAGCCGUGAAAGCUGAGCUGACUGCCUGAUACGGAAGCUGCUGAGACCCCAUUAGAAUGCAAGGCCCUUGCAGGACCCCGGACCCUGAGUGUGGCCGAGGUGUUCGUAGCUCCUUAAACAGGCGGUGGGGUGAGUCCAUCUCCGGAGCUGGUUCUGGUGGCAGCUUGGCCGUACCACCUUGUCAGUGUUUGGUUUGUGUAGACAUCUUCCCAGGGACGUAAUCACAUGAGUAAAUCUCUCCAGGGCAGGAACAGUGGCAUCUGCAGGGCGACAGCCUGUGACUGCCUAACAGAGCUCCUGUGUGCCUGUCAGCCCCGAGCAGUGCGUGUGUCUACAGGGUAGGAGGUGCCUCUGGCCAAAGAAGGUCGGAAGGAAAAUGGCAUUGCUUUCCCCUUCUAGACCAUCACUGUCCCGGAAUCAGGGUCCCCUAAUGAAAGGCUGUAUGUCUGUGGGCAGAAAACUCACAAACCUCUCUGACCCUCGGUGUCCUCUUCUGUGAAUAAUGGCACGAGCUAGUCUUCAAGGCCAUUUCAGCUCAAAGAUUUCUCGGUUCUGUCCCCAACUCUUAUUUCCUACUUCAGAGAAUGAAAAGAGUUCAAUUUUCACUUGCACACGGAUUUGUAAAUGCUAAGAGACCCCCUUUUCACCUUUAGAUCCUUUUUAGUAAAUAAACACAAUCCAGGUAUAUUAAAAUGUAAUUUUAAGCCUGCUUGUCCCACACAAAUAGAGCAGCGUUGCCUUCCAGGCCAUGUUAUUUAACCAGGGUCAAACUUAGCUUUUAUAAAAAGUCUUUUAAUUUCAAGAUAGAUUUGCCUGUAAGACAUCACACAUAGGAAGACCCACAUAGGAACAGCCGAGUGCGGUACAGAGUUGGGAAGAGGAGAAAGUCAUCUCACCCCAGAAUUACAUCAGCUGAGGUCAGUGUUUAAAGGCCUCUUCCCGUCCAUGUCAGCCCCUGGGUUGCAGCUCUGUGACCCUACAAGGACAUGCAUGCCAGGAACUGCGCUCAGAGUCGACCAUCUCAUCCACAGAGCCCGUUCACUGAGCCAGCAGUGUCCUGUCUCAGCCAUUUCAGAAGGAAACUGUGAGAUAGAUUCCUUUAGAUUUACAAUCUCAUCUCCAAGCACAUCUAAGCCUGCAGAAGGAAUAUUUCCAUAGGAGUUCAUGCUCCCUGCAUUUCAGUGUUUUACUGUUAGCUUAUCUCUUAACAGAUGAGCAACUGAUUAAGGUCUCCCCCGUACCCAGGGGCAGAUCUUUGGGGACGUGAGGGCUGUUGGGUGCUUGAAGGGAAACCCACGUGCAAAAUGACCAGGGCUAUUUUUUAAAGGAUGCUAAGUGGAGUGUCGCAGGUGAACUGCCAGCAGGAUAAUUUGCCUCGGAAGACCUAAAGCCACGUUGAGUGAGCUUGGGUCACCCCUAGGAUGCUGCUGCCUUCACCCCAGUUCAACUCUCAGCGAGCGCCCCCUCCAUUAUAAACCCUUCACAGCUUUCACUGAGAUGCUGCUGUUCUGUGCUGAUCUCCAGACACUGGCCUUCUGCCCUUGUUUUAGGGGAGUUUGAGAAAUUACCUUAUUUCAAUGGCCUAAGGCUGUGGUCGGUUCUUUGGCCCCUUGAGUGUGGCUCUUCCUAAGCCUUAGGAGCACCCUAAUUAAGUUAAUAACAAUGGACCUACCUAUAUAGUUUAAGUUUAAAAAAUUUGGCUCUCAAAAGAAAUUUCAAUCGUUGUACUGUUGAUAUUUGGCUCUGUUGACUAAUGAGUUUCUGAGCAAACUCAUUAGUCAACAUAGCCAAAUAUCAACAGUACUUCUUCAAAAUAAACUUGCCCAGGCCGAAAAUUGACUUCUGCGUAUGGGCCACGAAGUUUCAAUCGCAGGGCACCAAGGCUGGCAGAGGGGCAGGAAGGUCCCAGGUCCCAAUACCACGUGGUAUUUUGUGGAAGAGCCACACUCAAGGGGCCAAAAAGCCGCAUGUGGCUCGCGAGCUGCAGUUUGCCAACCACGGGCCCAAGGUAACAUCCAAGCAAUGGACUGAUUUAUUUUUCUAAAUAGCUGUGGUUCAGAGGUAGGUGGCGAUGUGCUGGCUUUCCUACGUGGGAAUUUAGACCAGGCCAACUUCUCAAAUCCGAGUCUUUAAGUGCUUUCUGAAUGUAGUGACGCCGACACCCCUUUCACUCUGACUGCUUCUUGAUGUAGAGAAGGAUGGAUUCUUGGGUAAAAGAUGCAUGGCUUCUCCGAAUGUUGGCAGAGGGGAAACAGAAGCUCAGAGAAUUCCGCUCUCUUUCUUUCUUUUUUUAUUAUUAGGUUGUUAAUUUUUUUUGAGAGAGAGAGAGAGAAAGAGAGAGGAAGGGAGAGGGAUAGAGAGAUAGAAACAUAGAUGACAGAAAAACAUCAUCGAUCGGCUGCCUCCUACAUGCCCCACACUGGGGAUUGAGCCCACAACCUGGGCAUGUGCCCUGACCUGGAAUCGAACCGGCAUUCUCUUGGUUCAUGGGUCAACGCUCAACCACUGAGCCACCAGCCGGGCUGGAGAAUUUCACUUUCAAAUGGAACUUCUCAGGAGAGGAGGGGGCACCUGGGAUUCUAUCCACUGUUCUGGCUCCGAGACCUGGUCAGGGCCUGGUCCCUGCUGACCCGCCCCAUUCUGGGUACCUUUCCCCUCUGUCCCGCCUGAGGUCAUGCUGUGCCCCCCUUUCUUUUAUGCUUGUUGAGUAUCAGCUAGGGAACGGCAUCCUCCCCAAGUCCCCGUGGGUGAUGUGGGGAGCUCUCCCCAGAAGGGGAAGAAGCCCUCCAUGAACAUUCACAGGGGAGAUGCCGGAAUCAGCUGAUGUCACCUCGAGGGAGGGGCCUUCAGGACCCUUAGGUCCCAGGAAAUGGGACAUGCACUUUUAGGUAAAACUCGUGCACAGACAGGUCACCUCCCGCCCUGAAAAAGGCUCGGCCAGGAGGCCAGGGAUGGGCUGUGUCUGUGAGGUUGGAAUCACCUCAGUUGUCUGCCUGAGCAAAACACAAGCUCCAGUGGAUUGAGCCUCUCUCUUUAGCGAGUGUUCGGGCCCUGCCUUGAUGCCUUAGGAAUUCCCCCAUCUGUUUACUCAGCAAGUGUUGACCGACCAUCCCAAGCUUGGUGCUGUCCCAGGUGCUGGGCCAGGGGAGGGCGCUCAGACAACAUGGGCGGCCUCCAGGGCAGGCAGGAGUGGGGGCGGGGGGGGGGGGGCAUGGACCUGCAGGGCACCAAGGCUGGCAGAGGGGCAGGAAGGUCCCGGGUCCCAGGACCAGGAAAGAGCAGAAUUUGAGUCCCAGUCUGACCCCCAAAUCUCCAUUUUUUUUUUUCUUUCUUUGCCACCCUGCCUCCGGUUCAAAGUGUACAGGUGUGUGUGAAAAUACUUUAUAAGGCAUAAAAUGCAAUGGAAGCAUAGGGGCUAUUCAUUCUGGACUCCCUGUCACCAAACGGAUAGCUGAGAUGGGAGGGUGCCCGUGCCCCUCCCCUCCAGUCGCCUUGCCUAGGGGCGUUCCGAGCUGGCCUGGGGCUGAGCUUACUCGGGCCUGGGUGGAGUGUGCCUCCCUCUGCCCUGGCACGGCCUUGGCCUCCUCACGCAGCUCGCUGGGGGCGAGCUUGGGCAGAGAGGGGCUGCAGUGUGUGAUACACACACAGAUGCGCACACACGUGCUCACGUGCGGGCUUGUGCUAGGUUCUAUGUCACAGUGUUAUUCUGUGGUGUUUCCUUCAUCUAUGAAUCCUCAGUCACCCUUUACUCCGAGAAGAAGAGAAAACAUUCCCGCACUUCACGCCUGCCACGCCAAUGGUAAGAGCAGGGUCCGAACCACGAAGGAUGUCACCAUUGCCAGCUAAGUGACAAUGUGACAAAAGUAAAACAAAAUAGCUUGGGGGGGGGGGGAUGCAGAGUGUAUGAAUAUAAAGUUAGAUACUUUCGAGAAAUGACGACUGCUAAUAAAGUAUUUUAUAUAAAGCUUUUUA